UAUUUUCAGAAGAUAUGCGUUUCCUUCUCCUUCUUUUUUUGUUUAAUGUUGUUUAGUUUCUUUAGUGAUGAUGACCCACGUGAUGAAGUAUGCGAGUGGCGGCUUCAGCUUCAGAAUGUUUUAAUUUUAGUUUCAGUUCGCCGACUAUUUUUGUGCCGGUCGCAUCGCGAUCGCAGCAAGCUACAAUCUACAUUCGGUCGUUCCCAAUAUUUGCUGUUGUUGUAGUUGUUGAUAGUUGCAAUAAUAAUAAUAAAGAUGUCUAGCAACCGUUUCCACGACAACGCGUACAUGUCGAUAUGCAGCGAGAAGACGCUGCAAUCGAACGAAAAGGGUUUCUUCAUGCAAUUCUACGAGAGUGUUGCGGCGACGGCCGGUGAGGAUUGGAUCAAGAACGUCUUCGGGAAGCUGAAGAGCGACAGGGAGAGGAUACGCAUCAUUUACGAUGAUCCAAAGAUUAGGGAAACCGUUUUCAGCACUCUCUGUUACGUGCAGGAAAUUUACAGGAAGAAAAGCGCGGAGGUGGCUCAGGCGAGACGAUUUGACGCGCAAAAAGCCGUAACCAAUGGUAACCAAAUGAAAGGAUUGAUGCUGUACAGUCAGAGCGUGCUGAGGGCGCCGAAAACCGGUGAAAAUCCGAAAAUCGACGAUGGUUUCUCUUUGGUUUUGGCGCUUUGGGAGCGCUCCGAGCUUCUGAUGCGUCUCAAUUACCACUCUUUGGCUCUCAGAGAUAUUCAGUUUGCGAUCAAGGAGGGCCUCGACAGCGAUCUUAAAGGUGAGGCUUUCGAGCGGAUGGCCGUUUGCUACAAAGCCAAAGGGGAAAUGAAGAGAUCUUCGGUUUCGGCCGAGUUGGCGAGAAAGUUGUACGCGGAUGAUCCCGAUAAAAUCAAGAGGUUGAAUGAGAAUUUGAACAAAGAAUACAAAGAGGUUACCAAAAUUUGCAGAAGACGUAAACCGGAAAUUCCGGAUAGGCAUCCAAACUUUCCGCAAGCGACGCGCAAGAUGCAGGUGAAACAGGAAGUGGGAAAGGGGCGUUACGUGGUGGCCAGCGAACCAAUCAGCACAGGGGAAACGAUAGUUUGCGAGCCGCCGUACGCUGCUUGCUUGGUUCCGGAUUGCUUCGGGACGCACUGUCACCAUUGCAUGGAUAGACUGGAAUCACCUGUGGGAUGUCCGGAUUGCGCGAGCGUCGCCUUCUGCAAAGCAGAAUGCAGAGACGAAGCCAUGGCCACCUAUCACAAGUUCGAAUGUAAAUUCUUAGAUCUGCUGAUCGGAUCAGGUAUGAGCAUCCUUUCGCACACAUCGUUGAGGAUGGUCACGCAGAAUACGCCGGAACGGAUGUACGCCAUCAACAAAGACAGAUCCCUCGAGCGCAUCUACUCGCUCUGCUCUUUGGCAGAAAACCGCGCAUCAGACGAUUUCCUGCAAAGAACCUUGAUGGCCGCCUUCCUGUUGAGAUGUCUGCAAAAGAGUGGAUAUUUCGGAUACGUUGAUGAAGACGUUUAUCCAAAUGAUAAUCAGAUGGCGGUCGGAGAACUCCUCCUGUUCCAUCUGCAGAUGCUGCAAUUCAACGCGCACGAGAUUUACGAAACCAAACAUAAGGAGGGACACAAGUUCCAGAAUGCGGUCGCCUCGUACGUGGGAGUAGCCAUUUACCCGACCGUCGCCCUCUUCAACCACGACUGUUAUCCGGGCGUCAGCAGGCACUUCGUCGGAAAGAACAUCGUGAUCAACGCGCUGAGACCAUUGAACCCCGGCGAAUUGAUCGCCGAAAAUUACGGACCGAUCUUCACCAGGCGAACGCUCGCUGAUAGACAGAAAUCGCUUUCGGGUCGGUAUUGGUUCCCGUGCGGUUGUCAAGCGUGCAACCAGGAUUGGCCGAUGAUCGACGGGUUAGGUAACUCCAGCAGAAGAAUCAGAUGUCCAACGAAGAAAUGCACGUACUUGUUCACUCUGCCGAUUCCCAACGAGAACAUGAAGUGCCCCAGAUGCAAGAAGAAGGUUUCGAUGACGGACAACGUGAUGCAGAUGAAGAUAUGCGAGGAACAGUACGUCGCUGGGUUCGAGUACAUGGAGAAGCAGGAGGUGGACAAAGGCAUCGAAGUGCUCUGCAGAGCCGUAGACACUUUCCACAGGGUUUCCGCACCGCCGCACCGAGAGACGCAUUUGGGACAGGAGAGUCUGAGGACGAUGAUGGCAGAUUACGGAAACGUCUACGAGAUCGCCGACAUCGCAGCCUGAUUGUAACAACUUUACAUUUAAUAUACGAAAUACAUACAUUUUAAUUGAAAACAAAACACAAUUAUUAAACAAUGUCCUGAUCGCCUAGGCAACAAACGCUUUGACGUUAGUGUCUGCUAACCAAUCAAUGUGUGAAAAAUUCGUAGUUUGACAGGUGGAAUCGCGGUAGCUUGCGGGGUUUUUGCGUUCGGGAAAUGUCGGAAAUGGCCAACGAGGGAAUAGCUGAAGCGCGAUUGGUGGAGGA